AUGGAUUCCUCACUAAUACAGUUUCAAAUGAUGUCCAUCACUGACGAUGCUAGUAUGCAGCAGAUGUUAUGUAUUUAUCAACAAACCCGAUUUCAUGUGCCGAUGAUAGAGCUGUAUGUUGAGUUCGAACAGCAGUCAGGGUUGGGUGUGGUUGGCGAGGAGGUCAAUGUUGAUGAGCUCGGAGAUAUAGAUUGGGGAGAAGAUAAUAGUGACAGUGAAGAGGAGUUCGAAACCAACUAUGAAGUCGAUGACGAAAACGAUGACAGAGACUUAGCAGGCAACGCUGCCGCGGAAGAUGGUGAAUUUAGUGUCAGAAUGGAAUUCGGUUCGAGAGAGUCGGUGAUAUCUGCAAUCAAAAGCUACACUAUCGCUAGAAGAGUUGAUUACACUGUGUAUAAGUUUGAGCCGCAGGCAUUCUAUGCGAAAUACAAGGGUUAUGGUGAAGGUUGCGGUUGGCUUAUCCAAGCUAGUUUGAUUCAAAAUAAAGCUUGUUGGGAGAUCAGAAGAUACAAUGGCAAACACACGUGCACCAUGGGCACGAUUUCACAAGAUCAUGCGAAGUUGACCUCAAACACAAUUGCAGAGGCUAUUAGGCCGUUGGUCGAAGCAGACCCAUCGAUAAAGGUGAAGUCUAUUAUUGCAGAAGUUCAAUCCAGAUUUAACUACAAUGUAAGUUACUGCAAGGCUUGGUUGGCAAAGCAGAAAUCUGUCGCAAAAAUUUUUGGUGAUUGGAAAGUUUCUUACCAGACUCUGCCAAUAUGGUUGAAAGCAAUGAAUGUGAAGAUGCCAAGACACUGCAAGCCACUGAUGCAGGUUGAUGGCACGCAUCUGUAUGGUAAAUAUAAAGGUGCACUUAUGGUUGUGGUAGCACAAGAUGGGAACCAAAACAUUGUGCCUAUUGCAUUUGCGAUAGUCAAUGGUAAGACGGCAGACGCGUGGGAGUUUUUUCUGACCAAUUUGCGGAGAUAUGUUGUGACCAUUGAUGGCGUGGACAUUAUUUCUGACCGCCAUACCUUUAUCGACACUGCAGUAGGUCGCAGUAACGGUGCAUGGUCACCACCAAGAGCGUGGCGUAUGUACUGCAUCAGGCACAUCGGGUCAAACUUCUUAAGGAGGUUUAAGGCUCCAUAUUUGCAUAAACUGGUGAUUAACACAGGCUAUUUUAUGACAGAACAGGAGAACAACAAAAACUACCAACGGCUUAAAGAGUGGAGUGAGGCAUAUACUCAAUGGUGCGAUGACAUCGGUGUUGAGAGAUGGAUGUUAGCAUUCGAUGGGGGUCAUCGUUGGGGUCAUAUGACGACAAACUUGGUAGAGUGCAUAAAUUCUGUCCUGAAGGGUGCACACAACCUUCCUGUGACUGUCAUUGUUAGGUUUACUUUCUAUCGGCUGAAUGAAUUGUUUACUCGGAAGAGUGUCGAGGCUCAUGAGUGUGUCCGCAACAGAUUCACGUAUUCAAAAUUUGCAACGAAGAGAGUUGAAGAAAGCUUUCGACGUGCAAGAAACAUUGUGGUCAACCAGUUCGACAAGCGGAAUGAGAUGUUUGAGGUUCGUGAAAUGGAAGAUGGUUCCAUUUACACUAUUAACCUUGCGCGAUGA